CGCAGUGCGGUUGUGGUCUGGGGACUGCGCAGUGCGUAUUCCGCAGUGCGGUUGUAGAGCUGUGUCGGGACCGUGAGUUUGAAUGCCGGAGCACUUCAGAGACGGGCUCGAAGCCUGGUUCUUGUGUGGACUCAGAUCUAUUGACAGGGUUGCCUUCACGAUGGACAUUUGUGAACUAGCUGGCUUUUUACGACAAUCGAGCAUCUUCCGUGGUCUAGGGGUAUGAGAAGGAGUGGAUUUGCAGUCAUGAAACACACCAACGUCCCGUCAGGAUUGGAUGGAGCAGCUCAAUUCAUUGCAACCUGAACAUCAUCGGAUUUUGAACAUGGAAGGAAUCAGUACCGUUCAGAGUGGGGAGAAACCGUGCACGUGUCUUGAAUGUGGACAAGGUUUCAGCCAGUCAUCUGAGCUGACAGAACAUAAGUGCAGUCACAGUAGGCAGAAACCAUGGAAAUGUGGGGACUGUGGGAAGGGAUAUAGUUGUCCAUCAAAGCUGGAAAUUCAUCGACGCAGUCACACUGGGGAGAGGCCUUUCACCUGCUCCAAGUGCGGGAAGGGAUUCACCACCUCAUCGCACUUGCUGACGCACCAGCGGAUUCACACUGGGGAAAGGCCGUUCACCUGCUCGGAGUGUGGAAAGGGAUUCAGUCAGUCAUCCCACCUACUGUCGCAUCGACGCACACACACUAAGGAAAGGCCGUUCACCUGCUCUGAGAAUGGGAAGAGCUUCACUCAGUCGUCCCAACGACUGAGGCACCGUGGAAUUGACACCAGGGAGAGGCUGUUCACCUGCUCGAGUUGUGGGAAGAAAUUCACUCGCUUGCACAAUUUGUUGACACAUCAGCGAAUUCACACUGGGGAGAGGCCUUUCAUCUGCUCCACGUGUGGGAAAGGGUUUACUCAGUCAUCCAACUUGUCGAGACACCAGCAACUUCACACAGAUGAUAGAUCUUUUAAAUGCAUGGACUGUGGGAAGUGCUGUAAAAGUUCCGGGGAACUAAAGUCCCAUCAACGAGCUCACACAGAUAAGGCACUGUUGAAGUGCUCUUACUGUGGGGCUGGAUUCAGGGGAUCAUCUCAGCUCACUUUACACCAGCGAGUUCACACUGGGGAGAAGCCUUUCUCCUGCUCUGAUUGUGGGAAGGAAUUCAGUCGGUCAUCCUACCUGUUGACACACCAGCGGAUGCACACUGGUGAGAGGCUGUUCACCUGCUCGGACUGUGGGAAAAGGUUUCCUCGGUCAUCCCAGUUAAUGGCCCAUCAGCGGGUUCACACCAGGGAGAGACCAUUCAUCUGCUCCAUGUGUGGGAAGGGAUUCACUUGUUCAUCCUAUCUGCUUGCACACCAGCAGGUUCACACCAGGGAGACACUCACCUGCUCCAAGUGUGGGAAGGGGUUUGCUCGCUUAUCCAACCUGCGGGCCCACCAACGGGUUCACACUAGAGAGAGGCUGUUCUCCUGCUCCGAGUGUGGGAAGGAAUUCAUUCGGCCAUCCUACCUGCGUGCACACCAGCGUACUCACACUAGAGAGAGGCCGUUCUCCUGCUCCCAGUGUGGGAAGGAAUUCAUUCAGUCAUCCCACCUGCGCGCACACCAGCGUACUCACACUGGAGAGAGACCAUUCACAUGUUGCAAGUGCGGGAAGGGAUUUAUUCGCUUUUCCGACCUGGUGAGACACCAGCGGAUCCACACUGACGAGAGACCUUUCAAGUGUUCUGAAUGUGGGCAGUGCUAUAAAACUUCUAGGACACUGAUGACCCAUCAAUCUGUUCACACUGACAAGAGACCCUAUAGCUGCUGUCAGUGUGGGAAGGGGUUCAGAAGAUCAUCUCAACUCAUUGUUCACAAGCGAAUUCACACUGGGGAGAAGUUGUUCUCCUGCUCUGAGUGUGGGAAGAAAUUUAUUCGGUCUUCCCAACUGGUGAUACACCAGCGAGUUCAUACUGGGGAGAGGCCCUUCACCUGCUUGGAGUGUGGGAAGGGAUUCACUUGCUCAUCCAAUCUGCUAAUUCAUCAAAGAAUUCACACUGGCGAGAGACCGUUCACCUGCCCCAAGUGUGGGAAGGGGUUUGGUCACUCAUCCAGCCUGGUGAAACACCAGCGAGUGCACACUGACGAGAGGCCUUUUGAAUGUUCAGAUUGCAGGAAGUGCUUUAAGAGUUGCAGGGAACUGAUGUCCCAUCAGCGUGUUCACUCAGAUGAGAGACCGUACAGGUGCUCUCACUGCAAGGUUGGAUUCAAACGGUUAUCUAACCUCGCUGUACACCAGCGAGUUCACACUGAGGAGAGCCAGUCCCAGCCUCAGUGAGUCGAAAGAGAUUCAAUCAGGCAUGCACCCUCCUGAGCCACUAGUGAGUGCACACCGGGGUUGUGCUGCACCCCUGCUCUGUGUGGGAAAGACCGUUUCUCACUCAUCAACUUUACUUUGACAUUAGCAAGUCCAGGACAAUUUUGUUGUGGAGUCAUGAUCAGGACGGAAUUACUUCCAUUGUGGUCCUGAAUUGCAGUGCUGUGUUUGGAGUCAGUAUUGUGGAUAAAAGUAAAAAAAGACAGCUUGGUGUGCUAUAUACCCAUUGCUGACUUUUUUUGUCAAUUUCUUGGCACAAGCUACUUCCCUUUGGAAGGGCUGUCCCUUACUCCUGCCUUCCCCAUCCCCAUUUCCAGCAAGAGGUUUGAUACGUUCUUGGUCGUCUUUGUUGCUAAAAUUCAGGUUUUUCGAUCAUCUGUGGCAUAGGUUGCUCUCACCAAGCUUAGAAAGUGCAUCUUUCUCUUGCCUCAAGCCUCGUUCGUUCUUAUCACUAAAUUGCUGACCACUAAGCUUGCCCCGUUUGCUGAUAGUUGUUUAGGAUCAAAAGAAAAUAUAAUAGCACUCUGUAACAACACUCAAGAUCCUUGACACCAUGGGAAUAAAUCAGCCUGCAUGUUUAGCACCACAUCUGCAAACAUUCACUCUCCCUGUGCCCUGGUAAACAAUGCUUUGAAGAAAUUCACCAAGCCAACACCUUCCAAAUUCACUGUCUGUACCAUGCAGAAGGACAUUGGCAGCAGACACAUGGAACACCACCACCUUCAAGCUCCCAAGGGCGGGAUGGUGGCUCAGUGAUUAGAGCACUGCUGCCUCUCAGCUCCAGGGAGACCCGGGUUCGAUUCCAGCCUUGGGAGUGCUAGUCUAGCUAGUGCUGCCCAUUUCUAUUUAGAAGGACAAACACAGCAGAUCCAUGGGAACAUCAUUACCUGCAAGUUCCCCUCUAGCCACUCACGGU